AUGUUAUCACAAGAAGAGUAUGAAGAUAUUAAAUAUAAACUUAAAAGUAUUCCUUCAAGUAUUACUGGUAAACACCGACAAAAUCUUUGUCGAAUAUUCAAGAAACAACUUAAAGAGCACGAAUAUACAUCAACAUAUCCACCUUUCAUACCAUUAUCUCAUAAAUUAUUUUUUAUUAACUAUGCUACAACUGAACAAACAUUGAUACACCUAAUUGAAACAAUAAAUAUUUCAAAUAUAUUUACAUUAGAUACUGAAUCAAUAUGUAUUUAUAAACAACCCAAUCAACCAACUUUAAUCCAACUUCAAAUAAUACGACAAAAAUUAAAUUCAUAUGUUAUAAUUAUUGAAGUUUAUCAUUUACCACAAUCAACAACAAUUACAUAA